UUAGAGAUACAACUGGUGGACAGUCAUAAUAGAAAUAUUGAGGUUCUAAUUGUCACUCUAUAAAAUUCUAUUAUUUUAUUGUCUGCUAUUAUUAAUUUUGUGUUGUCUUAAUUUAUAUUUUGUACCGGAUUAGUCUCGUCUACUUCGAGUCUGUGGCUUUCUACUAGCAAAAAGGAAGCUUCUUUUCUCUUUGGCCCUCUCUCUUCUCUUCGGCUCGUUAAUCUUGCUCAUUGAGCGUGAAAACUUGGUGUCAGAGAAAAGCAAACAAAAGCAAAAGGCGCUCGUUUCUACCUCCAAAACAGCACAUCCGCCCGCGCACCUUCACCGCACGAAUUAUCUUAUGAAUAGUCAUAAUUAUCAUAGCUCAGGAAUGACUAUAUAAAUCCAUCGGCCCGUGCUUUCUGCUGCUGCUAAGAGAACAGUCCUCUCUCUGAUACCCAAGAUAGCUUGAGGAACAGAGUCUUCAAAGCCCAUACAUCCUAGGCACAACCCGGGGCUGGGAGAACUCCAUCGGCUCCUGCAGGACAGAUGGAGUCACUCUUUACUAAUGGUCGUCGUCAGCCUGCUCCUCCAUCAGUUCCUCCUGUCUCUUCAUUCUGGCAGCCUCCUUCAGUUGGUCCUGUCCAUCAAGCUCACCUUCAUGAUAUGGAGUAUCACCAGUUUGCUGUUGCCCAACCCACUCACACUAUGACGUCCCCGCCCAACACUCCAAUGACUCCUCACGUCGGAGGAGGAGGAUUCCCCGGGCUCAUGUGCCCCAUUGAUCACCACACUAGUGCCACACCUACUGGAUCAAUCGGACUACAUCAAAAUUCUGCUCCUCCAGCUCUCUCUCAUUCAGCAUGGCCUCCUGAGUAUAGACUGUAUGCUCUGUGUCAGGAAAUGCUUCGUUACUCAUCUCAAUCGCCGGGUAUGGCUGAUAGCAGCAAGCUCUCCUGGGAGCAGUUCUGUAUGGAGUAUUUUCAUGAAAUGGCAAUCUUUGUCAUUGAAGUUGAUUUCGGCGACGGUUUGAAAAGAUACAGUCUUCACGGUACGUUGAUCAUGUGGUACUUUAAGAGUCUCAUAGAAAGUGGAGUGACUCGUUAUGAUGUCACAUUAGGGAAAUCAGCAUCACAUUCAUAUCAGCAGCACAUGCAGAGAAUAGAGUGUCCAGAGGCAGUACAGGAAUUGGAAUAUACUCUGCCAACUCAAACUAAAGUUUGCUCCAAAGGCCAGCUGGUACUGGAAUUCACAAUGGAGGACAAGCCACGGAUAAUGUCUUGGGUUUUUCAUAUACAAGGACACGUGGAGAUGAUACCUAGGUUCUGUCUACAGGCACCUGCUAUUGAUACUGCUCUUUCAAAUAAUGUCACCUGUCAAGGUUUACCGGCCUCAACGCAAUCCAUAUUAAUGCAACUUAAUAAUAUAACGAUGAGACCCGCCCCACCUCAUAAACUGGUUCAAAUUGAUUCCAAUUUAUGGGAGCACCCUCCCCCUCCUCCUCCCCCCUCUAUCCCUCCUUCUCAACACGACAUGCUACAAGGUGAUCGCUAUCCUCAUGAAGAUAACCUAGUAACCUUAUCUUCAGAAUCUUCACCAAUGCUAACGCACCUACCAACGUCCAGCAAUCAGGACUCCUCACUCCUCCCCUCACUGCCCCACCCCUCUUGCCAAGUACAGAGUAACUCAGUCCCUCCUCUCUCUCAUGCGGUUCACUCCUCGUCUUCUCCCCCUCUCCCUCUCUCUCCCUCGCUGGUCAAGAGUAAUUGCAGCAGCUAUGGUGGCAGUUCUUGUAGUGUUGUCAGUAACAGUAACACACUUUGUCCCAAUAAAGUGACUCAAUCAGGGAAAAAGACCCGACCUUCCUCUCCAGUUAGGAGGAGGAGUGAACUAGUGAUGGUUGCUGCUGAACCAGCUCUCUUCUCAGAGGAUAUGGUUCACGGACAGGACGAGAGGAGAAUAACACGUAUUGAUAAUAAACGUGCAAUAACCACACCCACAUCCUCUUUCAUGGGUACUGUUUCUAUUCCUCCUCCUCCUCCUCUUCCUGUCUCCAAUGGUGAGUCUGAUCCUCCUCCUCCUCCCAUUAGUUCUUUUACCAAUCAAAAUGGGUCCAUGGCUUGGCUUAGCAUUCCCUCGGGGAUCGACUGGAAUAAAACUACCCCGUGAGAUGACCACACCCACUUGACAAUGAUAACCACACCCACCCAAAUAAGGUUAAAACUUAUUUUGUGCACUUUCUCUCAAAUUGUACAUAUUAUUAUUAUUAAUAUUAUUUUUGUUAUUUUUUUUCUAUUUUUUUAUGAAGAUAUUAUUAUUAAUUUUUGUUGAGUCUAUUUUCUUUUUGCGAUUACUUUAGUCGCAAAAGUAUUUAUACAAACAGAAGAAAGACCAAAUAUUUUUGUCUAAAAAUUUUGAUUAAUAAAAACUUUUCACAUUAUUUUUGUCACAUGAAUCAUCUCUUAUAAGAUAUUAUUAUUAUUAAA